UCCUUAGCUAACUUUGUUUUGGUUUUAGCAGAGUGUUUAAAACAGCAUAGAUCUUUGAAAAAGAAAUAGUAUAUGUAAUGAUAUAUUUUCCAAGUAGAUUAUUUUAACCAGCCAUAAGCAUUGUAUAUGCCUGUCCUCUUUAAAUCCUUUCUACCUCUUCUGUCAGGCAAACCCUCUCAACUCUGACGAAGAGCCUUAUACAGGAGAAGACACAGCAACCUUUGAGUAGUCCUUGUGAAGUCUCAUGAUCGCAACGAACGAAAUAAACCAGAGCAUCGUUCUUCAAGCCAAGGACCCUUGUCAUCCAUUAGAGCGGUAAUCAAGAGAUCUUCUCGGACUUCUAUUCAGAGUGAGCUUCAUCGAGAUAGGAGGCGCCCAGAGAUCACCAUUGUGGCAGCUGAGCCACUGAGACCGGCCUCCUGGUUUUCAGGAGCCCCACCCCCAGGACUGGGAUUUCCUCCAUCCACUGCAGCAGGCCCUUGGAGACCCAAUGAGCUGGUUCCUGCCGAGCUCCCACCAUCUUAUGAACAAGUCAUAAAAGAAAUCAACCAAGUUCAAGUUAAUACCACAAAUAAUAAUAAUGCUGCUGCCACUCCGAGGCACACUAUCACUUCUGCAACUCAGACUGACUUUUCGGAAGAAAUAGACAACGAUCUGCCUCAAACACUACAGGCACCUCUUAAACCUCUUCAGCCUUCUCCAGUUGUCUCAGACAUUGAUCUGCCAACAAAUGUGGCACCUUUAAUAGUCUUUGAUAUUUCUGAAGAACAGAAUUGUCUAGAAAACUCCAGUGCUACAAGAUGUCCAGUGCCAAAACCAAGAUCAAAAAGCAACCUCAGACCAGUAGCCAGAGAUACUCAUGUUAAAGAGCAGAAUCACCAGAAAAUCAGCCCAGUGGUCACAGGAGAAGAAUCACCCCCACGCCGGCCGCACUCCGUGUUGGACUUGAAUGGUCAGGCAGUGAUGAACAUUAUGAACACAGAACGAAGCCAAAAUAGUAUUGUUUCACAGAUCAAAGCCUUCGAUAGUCAGACAAAUACAGAAACCUCAGGACCGCCCAAAAGACCAGAGAUUGCCCCCCGCACACUCCCUCCAAGGCCUGCCGUGGCCCCCAAACCAACUGCUACCAGAGCUUGUGGAGGAUCGGACUCCUGGAAUGAAAACAGAUUCAAUGUGGCCUCUAGGGAAGGGCUCACCCCACACUUUCCCCCGAAAGAAGCAGGGAGCAUCCCAGUAACCAAACCUGAAUUGCCAAAGAAACCAAAUCCUGGCCUUACACGAAGCAUUAAUCAUGAGAUUCCAGGUGGAGGGUCUGUGUCUGACAGCCCUGAUGGUGGAAAGAAAGUUCCAACUCCUGCUCCUCGGCCUUUGCUGCCGAAGAAAUCAGUUUCCUCAGAAAACUCCACCUACCCUGCAGCUUUGCUGAAACCAGUCACUGUUCCUCCCCGACUGUCAGUGGCAUCACAAGCCAAAGCAUUCAGGUCACUGGGUGAAGGACCCUCGGCCAGUCCCCCAGUUCCAGGUCUGCAGAGCAAGCCUCCAGGGGACAUCGACCUCAUCAGUUUCGAUGAUGAUGUUCUACCCACCCCAUCUGGGAACCUGGUUGAAGACUCUGUUGGUUCAGAGGUGGUUCUGGAUCCUUUUCAGCUCCCCACAAAAACAGAACCAACAAAAGAAGGAACAGUUCAGCCAGCGCCCACUAGGAAGCCCACUGUGAUUCGAAUUCCAGCCAAACCAGGAAAAUGUUUACAUGAGGAUCCACAACGCCCACCUCCUCUCCCUGCUGAAAAGCCUAUUGGAAACACUUAUAGUACAGUGUCUGGAAAACUCAGUAAUGUUGACAGAACUAGAAACUUGGAAUCCAGCCAUGCCGGUCAAACAGGAGGUUCUGUGCGAGGACCCCCAAGGCUACCACCAAGACCUGUAAAUGGAAAAGUCACACCAGCUCGACAGCCUCCUCCCAAGGGGGCCCCCGAGAGACCACCUCCCCCGAGACUUUCUGCAACCAGAACAUCAAAUAAAAAACUGCCUUUUAAUCGGUCUUCUUCUGACAUAGAUCUUCAGAAGAAGCAAAAUAACUUGGCAUCUGGACUCUCAAAAACCAAGAGUCAAGUUUUUAGAAGUCAAGAUCCGGUGCUACCCCCUCGCCCUAAACCAGGACAUCCUCUCUACAGGAAAUACAUGCUGUCUGUAUCUCAUGGAAUUUCCAAUGAAGACAUUGUCUCGCAAAACCCCAAAGAAUUCUCUCAUAAGCAUGGAGAUGUACUUAUGAUGCUGAAGGAGGCGGAAAAUAAUUUCUUGAAAUGCCAAAAAGUUGAAGACACGGGCAGAGUUCACCUGUCUCAGGUGAAGAUCAUCACGCCACUAGAUGAACAUCUUAGAAGCAUACCAAAUGAUCCAAGCCACGCUCUGAAGGCUGUUGACAGUAGUGUGCCUCAUGCUGUCGUUCUUCAUGAUUUUCUAGCAGAGCAAGUCGAUGAUUUGAACCUCACUUCAGGAGAAAUUGUUUAUCUUCUGGAAAAAAUAGAUACUGAUUGGUACCGAGGAAAAUGCAGAAAGCAGACUGGCAUAUUUCCUGCCAACUAUGUCAAAGUGCUUGUUGAUAUUCCAGAAGGAGGAAAUGAGAAAAGAGAAUCAGUUUCAUCUCAUUCCAUCAAAGGUCCAAGAUGUGUUGCUCGGUUUGAAUAUAUUGGAGACCAGAAAGAUGAGUUAAGUUUCUCAGAGGGAGAAAUGAUCAUUCUUAAAGAGUAUGUGAAUGAAGAAUGGGCCAGAGGAGAACUUCGAGACAAAACUGGAAUUUUCCCCCUUAACUUUGUGGAACUCGUUGAGGAUCAUCCCACCUCUGGUACAAAUGUUUUAUGCACAAAGGUACCACUGACGACCAAAAAAGAUGAUUCUGGAGCAGAUAAUCAGGAUAACAGCAUUUCUGGAGAAUGGUGUGAAGCUCUUCACAGUUUUACAGCAGAGACCAGUGAUGACUUGUCCUUCAAGAAGGGAGACCAGAUCCUGAUCCUCGAGCGUCUGGACUCCAACUGGUGCAAGGGCAGACUGCGUGACAGGGAGGGGAUCUUCCCCGCGGUCUUUGUGCGGCCCUACCCAGCUGAGAAGAAAAGUAUGUCUGCUUUAGCACUGAAGGGGAGGAAGGCCAAAGCCUUAUAUGAUUUCCACGGAGAGAAUGAAGAUGAGCUUUCCUUCAAGGCCGGAGAUAUAAUAACAGAGCUGGCAUCUGUAGAUGAUGACUGGAUGAGUGGAGAACUAAUGGGAAAAUCUGGAAUCUUUCCCAAAAACUAUGUUCAGGUUUUACAAGUCAGCUAAAGGUGAAGCUUGACUGUGCUUCUUGGCACAAAAACUCACUUGAACUAUCACUUUGACUAUCAGAUAUAUUUUGCACUAUUUUUUUAAACUGAAAGAAAUAUCUAUGCUGUAUAUGGUACACUAGAAUUUUCUGAAAGCAGAAAGUAUCUAGAUUUUGUUGUUAGUAUUCAUUCACAGUAGAAACAUGCACAUGGAAACCCAUGAACACGUAUUCUACCAAGGAAAACAUCAAGCAUGAUUAGCAAGGCAGAUAAACACUUCCCCCAGGGGAAAGCAUCCGAUGAGGAAACAGCGUGGGGAGGCUUACAAGCAAAAGUUGCACUUGGACAUCUGUUUUUUAAACCGUGCUUCUUUAUUUUUUACUUUAUUUUAAAAAGAGGACUUUGAUAGUCUGCAUGCUAUAACUAUCAGGACAUGGUUGGUAAUCUAAAUUUCGUUUUUGAUAUUCAAAUUAAUUCAAACAGCUGGAGCACAGUAUCCUUAUUACCAAGGCAAGUCCUUGCUUCUGGAGAGGGUAGUUUAUUGACUACUUAGAGCUAUUGUAAGAACGUGGUGAAUCAGUUCAUACUCACCAAAUGUUCCUUGUGUUAAUGUUUCCCCUCUGCCCAAGGAUUUGAAGGGGGUUAAAAAUUUGAUGCAACAUAGUCAAAAGAACCAAAACCAUCCUGAGAUGACUUGCUAAUAUGACUAACCUUUCCAUAUUACUUGCUGUACUUCUUUCUUUCCUUUAUACUUUGUUAACAGGGUUAUUAUAAAGCACAUUUUUCUGAAUCUGCAAUCAUUCUUUUGACAAUUACUGGUAUCCAAAGAAAAAUUCAUAUUUUCUUUGUGUUACCCCAGUAAUAUAUAAAAGCUGUGUCUUAUUAUAGUGGUACAUUAUGACUCGCAUAUAUCAGAAUACAGAGCAACUGUUAAGAUGGAAAACAAUGUCAAACCCCCACAGCUUAUUUCUUUCCAAUAUAAUCAGAAUGAAAAAUAAUUUUAAAAGAC